AUGUUGGAGCCGACACGAAACCCCCUGUUACUCCCGGAGAUUAUCUGCAACGUCCUUAGCCGUCUUGGUCCUCGCGAACUUCUGCAAUGUGCUUGCUUAAACACGACAUGGAACACCCUCGCACUGCCGAAAUUGUAUGAGGGGACUAUGUACGACAUGCAGUUCAGGACUCCUGACAUCACGUCGCUGAAUUGCCUCCAUGUCUCAUCGCCAGAGAGAUUCGCUAGGAAUCUGAACUUCGUGAAGCAUCUUCUCAUUGCCCCCGAGUGUCCAGUUAGAAAGCAAACUUUUCAAGCGCCGUCAAGGAUUGAAUCACUUGAAUACCUACGGUUCUUGGUCCGUCCCGACUACGCGAAGCGCCUCCUUGCCAAUUGCCGAGGCUUCAAAAGCCUCAUGAUCCCCUUUGGAAUCAAAGCUAAGCACAAAGCUACAAUCUAUUUCGAACUAAUGCUCACCGAAAGCGUUGAAUUCCUCGCUAUUGAUGAUUCGUACUGUCGUACAUUGGCGUCCGUUAGCUUUGCCGACCCUGUCAAUCGUUUCUGCGGCAUUAGGGCUUUGACUAUCUACAAAUCAGGCACCAUCUUCGAUGUUGCUGAUAUGUGUGCUGUAAUCAAUAAGUGCGACCUCACCGUUUUCCAUCUCGAGGAUUCAGGUGAACCAGAACAUAUGACAAUUGAUCAUCUCACCCAAGUGAUCCAGGUCCUAGUGAACCAGAAGAACUUGGAAUCUCUUGCUCUCGUCAUGCCUGGCUUAUCCGAUGUCUUUGGUGCCGUUGUAGGCAAGGAGAGCCCAUGGCCAAACCUGAAGGUAUUGCAGUUGGGGCCAAGGGAUAAAACUGUAGGCGAAAUGAAUUGGACGGUCCGAUUGCCAAAGCUGAGCAAGCUUGAAAGCCUCUUUCUGGCCGGUAUCAACCCUUUACUGAGCGCUGUUGCUCAUAACGCGGGGCUAAAAGAUCGAUUACGUUCGCUUCAUGUUACCCUCUUUACAUUUGACGAUGCCAAAGAUAUCAUUGACGUCCUGCCAGGUUGUAAGGCCUUGCAGCAUCUGAACCUGGGCGAGCUUAGUGUCCGUCCCUCAAUCCUCUUAUCCGAACUUUUCCGGCAUUUUCCGCGCCUCCCUGGCCUGGAAUGCCUCGUGCUCGACUGGUCAUUUCACGUUGACGGCAUCCAACAGCUUGCAACACAGUGUCCACUGCUCAAGAUCCUCAAGCUAACUGCCGCCGAGUUCACCAUCUCGCCCGACAUCUUGCGCAAGAUGUCACCGUUCUGCAACUUGAAGACUCUCAAGAUCUACAGCCUCGAACUCGACGACCCUAUCGAGUUGAGGCGGGGCGAGAUCUUCCAGCAGCUCGUUGAUGAAUGGCGAAGAGUAUUUCCCCAAAUCCAGCACACCCCGAGCGUCUUUAUGGAAGUGAGGGAGGAGGAAUUGGAAGAGCACAUCCGUGAAGAAGAACGCGUUGGCGGCUUUCCACCAUUCAGCUUUGAGAAUACCAGGAUGCUUCUGGGCCGAAUGAGAAAUGCCCUAGGGUAUCGAACAUGUGGCGACGACAGUCUUGAAGAAAUCCUCCAGUGUAAGCUGGAAACCGAGAUCGUUGGCUGGCCUGUGAUACCUUUGUGGGCAUAUGAGUUUCCUCAAUCUUAUUCGUUCCGCGAAGGGCAAUAA